CGGCGGUGGCUGGGCAGAGAGGAGGCAGAGCGCGGGGGGCGAGCCGGGGAGCACCGCGCUCUCCCUCCCAAACUUUGAUGAUGACCAUGACUACGAUGGCUGACGGGCUGGACGCGCAAGACUCCUCCAAAUCCGCCUUCAUGGAGUUCGGGCAACAGCAGCCGCCGCCGCCGCAGCCGCCGCCGCCGCCCCACUCCCAGCAGAGCUCGCCGGCAAUGGCCGGAGCCCACUACCCGCUGCACUGCCUGCACUCCGCCGCCGGCUCGCACCCGCACCACCAGCAUCACCACCACAGCUCGCCCUACUCCGGCAGCGCCGGCUCCUACAACCACCGCUCGCUGGCCGCCUACCCCUACGUGAGCCAUUCGCAGCACAGCCCUUACCUCCAGUCCUACCACAACAGCAGCGCGGCCAGCCAGACGCGGGCGGACGAUGCAGAUCAGCAAAAAACCACAGUGAUUGAAAACGGUGAAAUCAGAUUUAAUGGAAAAGGGAAAAAGAUUCGGAAGCCUCGAACCAUUUACUCUAGUCUACAACUCCAGGCUUUAAAUCAUCGCUUUCAGCAGACUCAGUACCUGGCACUUCCAGAGAGAGCUGAACUGGCAGCUUCAUUAGGACUUACCCAGACACAGGUGAAGAUCUGGUUUCAGAACAAGCGCUCCAAAUUCAAGAAGCUGCUGAAGCAGGGCAGUAACCCCCACGAGAGCGACCCUCUGCCCGGCUCCGCUGCCCUCUCCCCUCGCUCUCCAGCUCUGCCUCCAGUCUGGGACGUUUCAGCCUCUGCCAAGGGAGUCAAUAUGCCUCCAAACAGCUACAUGCCUGGCUAUUCUCACUGGUAUUCUUCUCCACAUCAAGACACAAUGCAGAGACCACAAAUGAUGUGAAUUGUCCAAGAGAAAUAAUCUCCCAAGAACGCCUCGUCUCGACAUGGCAAGAA